GGAGCUUGAGCUUCAGACAUGAGACUUCUCUUUGGUUUCUGCACGUCAAGAAAUAUUGGCAAUGAUAUUAAGUGUUUUAAUCCCUGUGUUUCCCUGGCAACCCGUGAUCGCUCAUUAAAUACCUCGUUUGUGUGCAGAAAAUAUACGGACAGAGCCACCAGCAUGGAUCUGAGUAACAUGAGAAAAAGCUAUAAGAGCGACCAGGAGUGUUUUGAGGAGGACCAGCUUGCUUCCCUAGAUCCACUAAAGCAGUUCGGCCACUGGUUUGAUCAAGCAACUAAAUGCCCUGAAGUUGGGGAAGCCAAUGCGGUGUGUCUUUCAACAGCCACCAAAGAUGGCCGUCCUUCUGCACGCAUGGUCCUUCUGAAAGGUUACAGCGAGGAAGGAUUUUGCUUCUUUACAAACUACGAGAGUCGGAAAGGUGCAGAACUGGAAAGUAAUCCCUAUGCCUGUCUUGUAUUUUACUGGGAGCCAUUAAAUAGGCAGGUUCGCAUUGAAGGCACCGUAGAGCGGAUCCUGUAUGAUAAGUCGCGUGAAUACUUCCACUCCAGACCCAAGAGCAGUCAGAUCGGCGCUGUUGUUAGCAGGCAGAGCACAGUGAUCCCGAGCAGACAGUACCUGAGAGACAAGAAUGCAGAACUUGAAGAAAAGUACAAGGACACAGAUGUGCCAAUGCCAAGUUACUGGGGUGGAUACAUUGUCAAGCCUUUUCUGAUUGAGUUCUGGCAGGGUCAGACUAACAGAUUACAUGAUCGAAUAGUCUUCCUGAGGCCGAAAGAGGGAGAAACCCAACUGGGGGAUGUGCAGCAUCAGGCGGAGGGGGGCUGGGUAUACCAACGGUUGGCCCCCUGACCAAGUGCAUGGUAUGGAAUCAAUGUCAUCAUCUGUGACAUCAUUACAAUCAUAUUUUGGUAUAGGCAGUAACUGACUUGUGACAACAUGUCAGCUGUAUUUAUUCUACUGUACAUGAGUACUGUCCAGAAGGAAGGUUUGACAACUGAAGAUAUGAUUUUAUGAAAAUUAAUCAUGCUCAUUGUUUAUAAUUCAUCUCAACACAUUCUUAAUCUCACUUUUAAGUGCAAAGUCUUCUGCUUGUUGUUGAUUAAUAAUUGAAAAGCACAGCUGACAUGCAGUAUUAACUGUAAAUAUACAGUUAAACUUAGCCUUUGGACUGCUGUUAAAACAAGAAAACACUUUCCGUGAAAACCUUGUCCUGUGACUGAAAUUGCAUUUAUAUGUUGCCCUGAUAUUUAGCACAUCUUUAGAUCAUAAAUGCUCAUUGUGUGAGUUCAUCUGUAUCAGUGGAUUUUGCAGCAAAUGUCAAAUAUUUGAGUUAAGUGAUUGUUCACCCAAAAUUGAAAAUUAUGUGAUCAUUUACUCGCCCUCUUGUCAUUUCAAACCUGUAUGACUUUCUUUCUUCCGCAGAACACAAAAGAAGAUAUUUUGACAAAUGUUGUUAACCGGCACCCAUUGACUUGCAUUGGUUUUGUGUCCGUACAAUAGAAGUGAAUGGGUGCCAGUGAUGUUCGGUUACCAACUUUCUUCAAAAUAUCUUAUUUUGUGUUGUGCGGAAGAAUAGAAAGUCAUAAAGGUUUGAAAUGACAAGAGAGUUAGUAAAUGAUGACAGAAUUUUCAUUUUCGGGUGAACUCUCACUUUAGAAUUGCCUUAAAUAGUUGCCUUAAAUUUAUUAGUCUCUUUGCUGUAACUCUGUGUAAUUUAGUGAUGACUGGUAAACUGUUCUGUAACAAAGUUCAAACGGUAAAGAAAAGCGAACUAAUAAACCUGUAUAAAAAUGUAA